CACUAAGAGGACUAUUGGGCAGUUGGGUGUCUUCCCUUCUCCAGCUCUGGGGCGCGAUCGUCUGCAACUCUGGUGUACAAACUUUUGUCCACGCGUGUGUGGGUGGCAGAGCAAGCAGGACUGUGGCCGGUUCUCCCGCCUCGGCUCCACUACCGCAUCCUGGCUGAGCCAGCUGUGGACAGCACACUUUCCAGUUGCCACCCAUCGCCAGAAACUUCUCACGAAUGGAGCAGUCGCAGUGUGGCAGCAGAGACCGCAGCGCUAGCGGCCGAGCCCAUCUGAUUCCAGGGCUGGUAGGGGGCCCUGCGCCCCCGGCCGCUGCUUUGCCCGUGCCCUCGGGGAUCCCAGUUCCUCCGGCUUUCCUGCGGCCGCCCAGCCUCUUUUUGCGAGCAGCCGCCGCCGCUGCUGCCGCCGCGGCUGCCGCCACCAAGGGAAACAGUGGCUGCCCGCCGCCCGCUCCGGGGCUGGAGAGAGCGGUGGGCGCGGCGGGCUGCGGCUACCCGCGGACGCCCAAGUGCGCGCGUUGUCGCAACCACGGCGUGGUGUCCGCGCUCAAGGGCCAUAAGCGCUUCUGCCGCUGGCGGGACUGCGCGUGUGCCAAGUGCACCCUGAUCGCGGAGCGCCAGCGCGUCAUGGCCGCCCAGGUGGCGCUGCGCAGGCAGCAGGCGCAGGAGGAGAGCGAGGCCCGGGGGCUGCAGAGGCUCCUGUAUUCUGGCCCCGAGGGGCCCAGGGAUCAGGCCUCGGGAGGCAGCUGCAGAACCGAGAAAGCCCAGGCUGCUGGCUGCCCCGCGCUGGGACUGGGUGUCUUGAGACCGGCCAGUGGUCUGGCAACCCCCGCUUUCGAGGUUUUCCAGCAAGAUUGUCCGGAGGAUAAACAAGAACAAAAAGAAAGAAAAUGUGAUACAUGCCAGAGCGGACAAGAACAAGUCUCCAGAUCCCAUCCACUUUCCCUGGGGUCAUCUCCUAAGUCUCCUGGUGUCAAACAAAGCACCAACUCCUCUCUUUCAGAACACUCCAGCAAACCUGACAGCAUCCUGUCAUGUCACCUUGGGGAGCAAUCAGGAGGUGAAGAGAGUCCCAGGUCCUUGUCAUCUUCUGAUCUGGAGUCAGGAAAUGAAAGUGAGUGGGCUAAAGACUUGACUGCUACCAGAGCCAGCCUUACUGCAGUGUCCUCAAGACCAAGAGACCCUCUUGACAUCCUUACUAAGAUUUUUCCAAGCUACAGACGCAGUUGGCUGGAAGGCAUUCUACAGCUCUGCAAAGGAGACGUGGUCCAAGCCAUUGAACAGGUCUUAAACGGGAAGGAACACAUGGCAGACACUAGGGACCCAGCAGGCACUGGAGAGCUGGAAAAUUCAGCCUGUCAGAGGGCUUCCAAUUUUAGUCUGGGAGUUGGACUUGGAACUCUAGGUACUAAAUCAGCUUUCUCUCCUCUUCAAACCACUUCUACUUCUUAUGGAUGUGAUUCGGAUCUCCACCGCUUAAAUCCUAGAUUAGGCAUCAGUCCACUACGGCUGGCAUACUCUUCUCCAGGAAGAAGGUUGUCUGGUUUUAUGCCACCCUACCUGACACCUGGCUUAGUACCAGCGUUACCUUUUCGGCCAUCUUUGGAUUAUGGCUUUUCAGGGGUGAUUAGGGAUUCCUCCUACCUUCCCCGUAAAGACUCAAUAACUGGUGGUAGACUCUACUCCCGAUCGCAUCAGGAAAAUCUUUAAUGUAUUGCUAUUUCUCUCAUUCUGGAGUAUUUCCAGAAGAAUGCAAUACACACACAUAUACCUGUAUUGAUGUACUACAAUAUGUGUGUGAAUGAAUUAUCAAGCCUUAAAAAUGUUCUUUUUUUCCUCAUUUGUAAGCAAAUGGACUUUAGGUCUGAAGACUGCACAUUUAUUAUGAGAAAGAAACAUUUGAACAUUAUAAGUGCCUUGAAUAAAGCUAUUUCAGUAAAUAUUUUUACUUUAAUAAAUUUUCCUCCUAAGUUAUCAUUUGUAAAAUUUCUGUCUUAAAAAUUGUACUUGCUUUUGUUUUAUUUAAACAUGAGCUUGGUAGUUGUGAAAUAGAUUUUUGUGUCAAGCAAUGUAGCAUAAUAUAAAUUGAAUAAAGAGCAAGAACUGAAAAAUUAA